AUGGAGGCCGACACCCUCCAAACAUUCGCCGCGGCGGUUCAACAACAAUUCCCAGCCUUUAGCAACGAGCAUGACAGCGCCUCGCAAGAUGCCGCUGCCGCCGCUGGAUAUGCCCCUGCCGAUUCCCUCAACGCCAACUCUCACAACCAAUCCUAUCCCAUAAUCCUGCCACCACUCCCAGCGCCGAAUAGCUCUCCGAACGUCCAGACUCGAAAACAAAGCAACAAUCUGAGAAAUACAGCCAGUCCGAGUGCGAAUGCCGCUAUGCGCAGCCCCCAACAGACGCGCUCCGGCGUAUCGGUCCAGACACGAGCCGCCCAGAACGCAGCUUCAACCACCCCUUCUCACAACGGCAGCAACGCCUCGAAUACGACUGCCCAGAUACAAGCGUCACAUAUGAGCCAGCAGUCGGAUGACCUGCAAGGGCAGCAAGACUCGGCGCAAGACCAGAAGCAGAAUGGCUUCGUCUUCAGAAACUCUUCAUCUGCAUAUCCGAAUGGCACUCCCACGCCCACUCGGUCCUUGUCUAAACAGUCACAAGUCUACACUACACCGCAUGGCGUGGUUCAAACUGAUCCCUGGGUGUCUCAUUACCAAUCCCCGCCCUCCACCCAUGAAGUCAAUGGUGCCUCCAACGCCAACAGUAACAACGACAAUGCAGAAGCAGAUCCUGCUGUUGCGGCCAACCCUUUCAGCGACACCUUCCCUCUGGUGCCUGAGCCACCAAACCUUGAAGAGUGGCGCAACAAACUCUUCAACAUCACGGAAACAUUGGUGUUGUCAGAAGAAGAGUUCCUUACUUACUUUCCCCAUGUUGACAACGUCUACUCCCACCGCUCCACUCAGAAGUACAAACGCAAGGCUUUCGUCAGUCACUACUGGGACUGUCGACUCAAGGGUCGCCCUAGUGGGACCCCGAAGAGCGAUGAUCCCAACAAGAAAAAGCGCAAGCGCCAGGCUCGGGAGCGAGAUCUUUGCGAUGUCAAAAUCAAAAUCACCGAGUACUUCAGUGCUGAGGAGGCAAGGAAGAUGGGCUUGACGGGUGGGAACGACAUGAAUGGCGUCGAUGCCGGUGCUAAUGUUCAUGGUACGAUGGCGGGCGAAAUGGGCACUUUUGGAGGCGUGGACAACAGCGAACUGACUAUCGUCCUGGAGGACGGCAGUCACGGUCUAAGCGGUGUUGGCCAUCUCACCGGCGGCGGCACCAGUGUUUCUCAUAACACUACCAACCCUAUUGAUCCAAAUUUUGGAUUGCUUGAACUUCCCCGUCCUCUACCCCAGGGCCACCCGGGCGCUGACGGAAAGCGAUGGUACACGAUUCAACGUGUCCGAGGGAAUCCCGGUGGCGGAGCUGUCAAAGACUCCAGCAAGCGUGACAGUAACGUGAACGGCGACGUCGAAGACGAAAUCGAUCAAUCAGUGUUGGAUCCCAAUUUGAAUGCCGACUUGGACCAUAAGCAUACGCUUGAAGAAAGUGAUCGCAUUAAGAAAAACAGCGUGCAAAGAUGGAUUUUGAAGGAGGAAAAGGAGAAGAAGCGGUUGAGUAAACUCCCCGUCCCAGGAUCCUCCAAUCAAUCUACAUCCAACGAGUCGGUGUCCCCUUCCUUCCGGGCUUCAGGAAUGGCUUUCUUUACAGCCCGCUCCCACGCCGCCCCGGUCCCAACAAAGAUAACUUUCUUCGCCAAUUCGUUCUGCCCAUUCGCCCAACGCAUCUGGAUCGCCCUAGAAAUCAAGGGUGUCCCAUAUCAGAUGGUGGAAAUAAUGCCUGCCACGGUCGACACUUACAGGCCACCAGAGAUGCUGGAGGUAAACCCUGAAGGACAUAUCCCGUGUAUCAGGCACGGAAAUUGGGGCGUUUGGGAAAGCGGUGUUGUUCUGGAGUACCUCGAAGACCUUGCUAUGGGGCAUUCCCUACUGCCACUAGGGAACCCGCAACUGCGAGCACACUGUCGCCUGUGGACAGACCAUAUCAACCGCAAGAUCCUUCCAAGCUUUUACAGCUUGCUACUUACGCCGCCUCCCUCGCCAAGUGCCGAACAAUCGAUGGGUUUGGACGGAAUGCAGGUCGACGCACAAGUCACUAACACAGCGUCAGCCGCGCAACAUAGCAUGCUCGUCGCCACAUUACAGAAGAACAUCACGGCGUUGGUCAACGCCAGCCAUGCCACGGGGCCGUUCUUCCUGGGCAACGAAAUUGGAUUUGUCGACGUGGUGUUUGCACCCUGGAUCAUCCGACUGUCCCGCGUCUUGAGCUAUUACCGCAACUUUCCCCGACCGGAAGUUGGCACGCGCUGGAGACAGUGGGUCGAUGCUAUAGAAGCGGACGAUCGGGUCAGGCGGACCGUCAGUGAUGAAAACUCAUACCAUGGAGUGUACAGAGGUGUGGGUGAGGAUGGAUGGUGCGCGAAGGAUCAGCAUAAGCCCAUUGUGGAGAUCCAGUAUGCGAGGAAAGUCGUUGCGCAGGAGGGCUUUGGCUUAGGCGGUGAUGUCUGGGGGCGUUUGCCGGAAGAGGAAGCCGUCCACAACCCCGACGGUGUUGGACAGACUCUAUCAUGA